AGAGGAGGAGACCGGCGGGCCCGGGAGGAGAGGCGCGGAGGGGAGCGGAGCUAUGUUAAACCUGGGGUACCGCUGAGGCGGGGCGGGCCAGGCCAGAGGCUCUCCGGCGGCGGGCGCGCAGGGGCCCGGCUCCCGAGGCGGCGGCAGGCAGCAUCUCGGCGCGGGGAGCGGCUCCGCAGCCACCGGGCCAAUGAACAUGUCAGUGUUGACUUUGCAGGAAUACGAAUUCGAGAAGCAGUUCAACGAGCAUGCGGCCAUCCAGUGGAUGCAGGAAAACUGGAAGAAAUCAUUCCUGUUUUCAGCUCUGUACGCUGCCUUUAUAUUUGGUGGUCGGCACCUAAUGAACAAACGAGCAAAGUUUGAACUGAGGAAGCCGCUCGUGCUCUGGUCUUUGAGCCUCGCCGUCUUCAGUAUAUUCGGUGCUGUUCGAACUGGUGCUUACAUGCUGUACAUUUUGAUGACCAAAGGCCUGAAACAGUCAGUGUGUGACCAGAGUUUUUACAUUGGACCUGUCAGCAAAUUCUGGGCAUAUGCAUUCGUGCUAAGCAAAGCACCCGAACUAGGUGAUACAAUAUUCAUUAUUCUUAGGAAGCAGAAGCUCAUCUUCUUACACUGGUACCAUCACAUUACAGUGUUACUUUACUCUUGGUACUCGUACAAGGACAUGGUGGCUGGCGGGGGCUGGUUCAUGACCAUGAACUACGGGGUGCACGCCGUCAUGUACUCCUACUAUGCCUUGCGGGCCGCCGGCUUCAGGGUCUCGCGCAAGUUCGCCAUGUUCAUCACCCUGUCGCAGAUCACUCAGAUGUUGAUCGGUUGCGUGAUCAAUUACCUGGUCUUCUCCUGGAUGCAGCAUGGCCAGUGCCAUUCCCACGUGCAGAACAUCAUCUGGUCCUCUCUCAUGUACCUCAGCUACUUUGUGCUCUUCUGCCAUUUUUUCUUUGAGGCCUAUAUCGGCAAAACCAGAAAAGAAAGGAAGGUUGACUAGAGGUAGGAACGAGAAGCCAUAGCUCAGGGUCAUCAAGAAAAAAACAAAAUUAUAAGAAAAAAAAAAAGGCACAAGGAAACACAUAUAUGUAUGGUGCAGCUAAAACUUGGCAGCUUAGGGAAAGUUAGCUUGGUUUAACCCAGUAAGUUUAUGAUCCUAUCAUGGUGAGGACUCACUGAAUUCUACUCUAUCUCAAAGGACUGCUGAUGAAAGACAACUUCCUUCUUGUACCUCUCUGCUCUAGGAAAGAAGGAGAAAAGAAGAGAAAAUUCAAGAAAAAGAAAGAAUAAAGAGAGAAGAAAAGAGAAAUGGAAUAAUGUUAAGGGGGGAGUAAAAAGUACAUUAAAUAAGCAGUGUGUUUCCCCAAGGUGGAGGAGAGACUUCUAUUUUGAAAAAGAAAAAAGGUUUCUAAAUCCUUUCUAAUAAUUUCUCUGCAUUAAACAACAACAACAACAAAAAAAGCAGAGGUGACAAAAAAAUCUGUCUAUAAUAACAACAAGAUUGCAGAAUUAAAUUUUUUUCCAUAGAAGGUGCAUACCUUCAGCCAAAAUGAAGCCCAAAACGAUGUUUCCUGCAUGGAAACUGGCUGAACUCCACACUGUGGUUAUGUAUGGGAAAGAGAAGAGAUUGAUUUCUCUGCUAUGUACUCUGCCAGGAGAGCAGAUCUGGGAUACAGAGUCACCUCCCUCAGAAGGUGGAAAGGAGCAGUAUUUUUACAAGAGUUUAAUGUGAAAAGAUGCACUGUUGCAAUACAUAUCUCAGAGAGUGCAUUUCCAAGUGCAUUUUUCAGUUAAAGGCAAGGAAUUUCUGCAGCAGGAUAAGUCAUAGAGGGUUAAAUCAAUCAAUAUUUGCUAAAUUACCAGGGGCUAAUAGCGGAGGGAUGUUCAGAAAGGAGAGGGAGACAACUCCCCUCACAUGAUUUUUAGGAAUUAUCCAUUGCUCUUAAUUUAGCCCGCAGCAACACCGAAUUAAACGGGGGAAAUCGGGAGAAAUCGCAGUUAGCGAGAAGAGAGUGAUUUAUCUGCCCACUGUUUUCAGAACAGAGCCCUGUGGUACAAUCUGGAUUCUGUGUUUUUGCAGACACAAGGAUGCCUGCCUGAGUCGGGAGAGGUGGCAGGACUGUGCGACAUUGGGUAUCACUGUGCUUCUGCAUCUGCCUCCUGGGCAGUGCAAAGAUGUUCAAAGUGCCCUCCUCUGGUCAUGUGGAGAUACUACUACAAAACAUACCUGGAACAGGUUUUUCUUGAGAUUUGUGUAGGAAAAAAAUUAGUCUAAAUGAAGUAAUUUUGCUGCAACAGCUUGACUCUAAAGUCCAGAGAGAGUGAUCUUUCAUUAAAUAAAUAUUUCUCUGCAGAAUCUGUACUGUAACAUCAGACUGACCGCUUAAGAAGACACUCUUUCUUCUCUGAAGUCAGCUACAGAUGUAAACAGAAAUGUAUUUCACUCUGAACCUUAGAGAGUUAGUUGAGAACAGCCAUAUUCUUUCAAAGACAAGUAGAUUGCAUUAUCUGUGAUAUUCCAGUCCUUACAAAGCCAAAUAAAAUGUGUAAAAGUUCCUAGUAUUUCAAAGACGCAAGUAUGUAAACUUGAUGUUAAAUGUGUUAAUGUAGUAUUCUAAAUUGUAACAGCUAGGUAGUUUAACUAAACAAUUAGAAGAACUAGAUCAACAAAAUAGGGACUGCUGUUCUGCGUAGAAUAUACACACACCUAUAACUACACCCAUAUACACAUUCUGUGAAUUGUCAACAAGAAAAAACAGCCCAGUGGCAGAGAAUCACAUUUCCUGGCUAAUGCAAAAGAUUGUCAUUAUCUUUCUUGCUUUAAUUUGAGAUUGUACAGUACAAAGGGGUUUCUUUAAUUAUUAUUUUUAGCUUUAAUUGUGCUGUCAUUCAUGAAACAGAGCUGCUUUAGUAUCCUGUUAAGAGAUGACAAGGGCUUUCGGUGUCUCAUUAUAUACAAAAGAAAAACAAAUAAAAUUACAUUCCAUAUUAUGUGAAUGGUCUUACAAAUCAAAGGCCUUUUCAGGCCCAAAUCGUAAUUAUAACAAGCAGAAAAUGAGUUUACAUUUGUGUUAUUUAAGUUAUUGAUGUGCUGACAUUAUUUUAUGGUACAAACCAUUGCAAAAUGUGAUAUGCAGUAAUGAAGCUAUGAUACUCAUUAAUAGGACUACUGUAUACGUGGAAAUAUUAGACAAAACCAAUUAAAUGUGUAAAGCAUUUUGUUAUACAGCUUGGGAGUAGAUAAUUAUAACGCUGAAUAAGCCUUUUUCCUCAUGUUUAAUUUUGCCCUGGCUAAAAAGCAGGUUAAGAAGACCAGUAAAGAGUGGAAAAGGCAAAAUUAAAGUUAACUGCAAUUAGCUGAUAAAGUGUUAGUAGGAGCCCACCAUUGUGCCAUUUAGAGCCUCAGUCCCAUGUGUCUUAAGUCUCUCAGACAGAGCAAGAGGGGCUGGAAGUGGUCCAGUGUCUGGAGCUGAAGCUGGAGCAGACCUCUUGGACUCUCUGAAGUCAGUGGAGGCUUUGCUGUGCUUUGAACAGAGCCAGUGUGCCUGACUGCCUUUAUCUGAGCAGAGGGGAAGGAGCCCUGCAUAUCUCCUGCAAAUUUGAGGCUUAUGGCUCAUGACUGAAAACCUUUAUUGAUGGCAAGUGACAUCACAGCCUGGCAAGGACUUGCUGCCCAACUUUAACACAGGCAUGAAACAGGGUGGGUUGCAAACAGCAAUCACCCCUCUUUCAUACUCUGUUUUCCUUAAUUGCGUAGGAUUAAACCCCCAUAUUUCUAGGUCCCGGAUGGCAAUGCUGGCAAUGCCAACAUUGAUUUCAGCAGAGCAAGAAAUUCACCUGCUCUUUCCCCAUCUCCCAAAGUCCUCAUGGGUGCCUCUGCACCGUUCCCAUGCCCAGUUCCCUCCCAGACAAGGCUGGCUGUGGGGGAGGCAGCUGCCCUGCUGCAGCUUCUCUGCUGCCUGGGAAGCAGCUCCAGUGCAGUCACCAGCCCCAGUGACCUCCUCAGCAGGCAGUGCAGAUGCACCCCUGGUGUGCAGGGGAAGCUGAGCACCAAAUGCAGGGGGCAUGCUGGCAGGUGACUGGGCUGCACACAAGCACACUUGUAGGGAUGUGGCAGCAGGAUCAGACAUGUAAGGUACAGUGACAAAUUAGGGAGCACUUGUUGUCACACUGGGAGCUGGCUGUGACACUGCCAUUUGCUUCAGGAAAUUAGAACAUCACACACACAUUUACACAGGUCCUAUGGCCCUACUGUACCAGCGGCCUUUUCGUCUGAGGUUUUCCUCUGGAGCCAAAUGGUCUAACUGGCAUUAAAGAAUUUGACAAAAGUACAAAAUACAGCUGACACUGUUUUUCUUACUUUUCUUCCCCUGAAACAUACAUGCAUCAUAUUUAGACAUCACAUUUAAUCCACUUGCAAAUUCUUAAACAUUGAGCUUGUCAUGUAAUGACACCUCAACAGUACUCCUGCUGUUCCAGCCUUUGAGCCACAAGAUACAAACAAAGCUAAUUGGGUCCUACUUAUUUCCCCUGGCUUGGGUCUUGGAGUCAUAUAUUCAGAUUUUUUUGUGCAGUACCAGAACUCUUUUUUUUCCCUAGUUAUUUUAAAGAAAUCUGUAAUCCUGUUGUGUUCACACAUGCCAUGGGGAACUCAAACUUUAUAUAAAUUUACCAAGGAUUAUAGGACCUGUGACAGCUGUGAGACAUGCUUGAAAUGCUGUUAUGGGAUCCACUGUUAAAGUCAGGAAAGUUCCACUGUUGAUGAGUUCACUCUACCAGGGUCAAAGUCUGUGUUUCAUGUUUUGAUGCAUUAAUGCAAUGUACUGAAAUAAAACCAGAAAGGUCAGUAUGGAUUUAUGCUUAGGCAGCUGCCAGCAGAAUUUGGCUCUUCCUUAAAACUACUUCUGUGUAGUGAACACUUUAAGGAAAAUAUUUUAAACUAGUUAGUGAAAGAACAAAAACUUGGAUAAUUCUGCAGCCUCCUUAAACCAUGACUGUGAUGAGAAGGAAACCCCUGGUUCUUACAGACCUUUUGUAACUCAGUCACAGAUGAUUUAUGUCUGGGCUCACUGAUAACACCCAACUAGGAGCAGCUGGCUCCAAAAGAGACCUCUCACCAGCAUCUCACAGUAAAAUGAUUUGGGUUUUUUGCAAGAUAAGGGCCAAAGUGUGCAAAAGGAAUCACUCAAAAGAGUCAGGGUAGCAGGAAUGAAAUAUUGCACACAAGUUGCAGGAGAGACACAGAGGGAGAUCUAUUCCAUAUCCCAGGACAAAGUAUUUCCAGGGUGAACACUCACUCCCUCCCAAGAUGAGGAAAGGCCGUGUGGAAGGAGGGUGGGCUGCACAGUGCCAAGUGCUCAGGAUGGAGUGGCUGGUGGAAUAAAGCUUCCAGGUAGGGGUCCCUCCUGCAGAAGUUAAUUAGGCAGUUACUCCCUGAGUGCCAAGGUGGGUCUGUGGGUUUGUUUGGAGGAACAUCCAUGGUUUGAUAACUUGUUCAAGCCCUGGGUGUACUUUAUUUUUUCAUCUGAAAGUAAAAACUUGGGACAUUUUAGUUGAAAACAAUGGUACCUUAGGGUUCAGGCAACAUUCAGGUGGUUUCAGGCAACAGAGCAUAAGAAACCAAUUAUUGUGACCAUGAAAUAGCAGCCUAAGCAGUGCCAGAUGCAAUGCAGUGGUGCUGUAAUAUCUCUAGGAGUUGUAGCCUGUUGUGUACUUCAGAACCAGAAGCAGAAGUACAGCAUCUUUGUAUAGGAACCAUAAACACAGACAUAAAGUAAUGAAGAUGGCUUUGAUCAAGGAAGACAUCAAAACCAAUUUCAGACCAUACUGCAUAAGUUCAGGGCUUGUUCCAAUGCCUGCUUAAAGUGAGAUUGUUGGUGAGAUGUCCAAUGACUUUGGGUAGCUUUGCUUCAGCCCACUGGAGCCCAGUUGCAGAGGGUGAUGAAAGACCUAAAUUCCCUUUUUGCUUAGUGGUGACAUGAACCCUCUGGGGCAUUACUCAGCUCUGACGUGGGUCUUCAGUCAUAUUUUCCAGCCCAGCAUCAAUGAGCCUUCUACAAGGGAAGAUUUGUAACUCAGAAUUAUCUGUGGGUUUCCACGGUUUUAUUUCAAUACAUUUUCCAUUCCAUUUAUUUUAUUAAAAGCAAGCUAAAGGACGAGUCCCUGAUCCUGCUAUCAUGAAUGCUCCCUUGCAGCCAGUGCACCAUACACAGGCUUUUGCUUACAGGGGUAAAGGCAGGACCAGGGUCUUGUUACUGACUUAAUUUCUAGCAGAGCAAACACCACAGGGUAGGAUUUGAUUUCUUAAAUUGAAUCAACUGUACCAACACAAAUAAGAUUGGAUCUGCACAUUAACUUGACAGCUAAGGGUAACCAGGGCCCUCCCCAGGACAUCAUAAUGUAAAAUGCUGCAUGAAGAGAGGUUAGAGUGUAUUUCCCAAUGGGUAUAAAAUAAUACUUCCCUGAAACAGUGACCUUCCUGAGAAAUCUCCCUUCUGUCCAGUCCUGGACAGCUUCAAACAGGCCUGUCUGCUGAAAAAAUGCAGCUCUGAUUGACUUAUCUGCUUUCUCAAAAGGGCCACUACAUGCUUUAGGCUUUUUGGAGCCUUAAAGCUCAAGCUAGAUUUAUAUUCAGAAAAAGAAAAACAACCUUAAUAUGUGUACAAUAACUAGAAGAGAAUAGUAUGAUAAAUAUCUUUAUUUUACCAUUUUCAAAUGGCUAUUUCAUUACAUAAAAGGAAGUUUUUAUUUUUAUUUUUGGGGGUAUAUUGAUAUUCCAAAUAAAUUUUAACUUUUGGUUCAAAAUAAAA